AGAAUUUCUAGCAUAUGAAGCUUACCUAUGGGUAUAAAUACCCUUGCUUAAAUGCAGAAAAACCAUUAGAGUCGUAUUCGCAAUUCCGAACACAAUAAUGGCAACUGAAGUUCCUGAUAAUAAAGUGCCUGCUUGGCUGCAGCCCGAAAUCUUCACUGAUGUGUUAAAAGAAUCUUUUAAAGGAUUCUCGAAAGUCAAAAGUUUCAAGGCCGAAAGCGGACUUGCGGCUGGCGAAAACUACACGACUAUCAUGCUGCGAGUGAAUAUUGAAAUCGAGUUGGAAGACGGUUCUGAGAAAUCGGUUUCCUAUAUGCUGAAACUACCUCAUUAGUCGGAAAUGUACCAAAAGAUGUUAGAAGCUAACAAUAUCUUUGACGCAGAGCGCACAAUAUACAAUACAAUUAUUCCCGAGAUGGAACAAUUGUAUCGGGAUGUGGGAAUAGAAGUGAAAUUCGGACCAAAAUCAUACGAUUUGAAGAAUGCCAAGACGGACUACGUCCUACUCGAGGAUCUAUCUCCUCAGGGUUUUAAGAACAUGAAUCGACUAGAAGGUUUGGAUCAAGCACAUACUGAAUCAGCUCUUCAAAAAUUGUCCCAAUGGCAUGCUGCCUCCGCUACUCGGGUAGCCAAUUUGGGACUUUAUCCAGAUAAGUAUACUAUAGGGUUCUUCAGAGAAGAUGUUCGUCCCCUUAUGACGGAAGUCAACAAUAAUAUAUUUAAUAGCUUCCUAAAAAGCUGCGUCAAAUACGAGGAUAAUGAGGAAUACAUAGAAAAAGUGAAAGCUGUUGGACUCAAGUUCACUGAUAACUGCUAUAAAAUGGCUGAACCCGAUUUGCCUGGCUUCAAUGCUUUAAAUCAUGGAGACUACUGGAGCAACAAUAUUAUGUUUUCCCAUGAUUCGUUUGGAAAAAUUAAGGAAGCAUUUUUGGUAGAUUUUCAGUUAUCCAAAUACGGAAGUGUUGCACGAGAUCUGUACUACUUUCUUUUGUCCUCAACUCCAUACGAGGAUAAAUUGACUAAAUUUGAUUAUUAUAUCAAAUAUUAUCAUGACAAUCUUGUGGAAAACCUGAAAAGGUUAAAGUAUACAAAACCUUUGCCAUCUCUACGUGAAAUUCACAUCAUGCUUUUCAAAUAUGGUUUCUGGGGUUUUUAUACUGCAACGGGUGUUAUGGGCUCUGUUUUGGUAGAUUCCACAGAAAGUGCGAGUAUUGACAACAUUGUCAGCGAUUCGGAUGCGGGAGCUGAUUUUAAGGCAUUGAUCUACACUAAUCCUCGAUAUCGGAAGCACAUUAAAAUGGUAUUGCCAUGGUUAUUAAAUCGUGGAGCAUUUGAAGAAUACUAAAUCAAACAUAUGUAUAUGUGUAUGUUGAUACUUUCAUAUUUUGAAGUAGCUUAAUAAAGUUUUUAUAAGU